UACACCUAAUGAAGCUGCUUGAUUAAAUGACAAAAGUACAUUUCUGUAAACAUUUCUAGGCAAAGAUGGUAAAAUAUUACAUGGUUUUGGUUUAUUUGUUUAUUUUUAGUUACAACAUAAUCCCUAUAGUUACAUAGUGAUGACUUAUUUUUCCACAAUUAUCAAUAAAGAGUUAGUGACCUUAAACUUACAGGUAGUGUUUCAGACACAUUAUAAUUGCAGUAAUAAGAUAAGAUUAGAUUGAGACUAAAAGAUAUAGCUGUAAGGUGCUCUACCUAUAUGUUGCAAACUGAAUGUCAGCACCUAAUGGAGGAAUAAGUGUCUCUGGAGAUAAUGAGUCACCGAUAAUCCAUUCUUAGGAGAGAGAACAAAACACUAAUCUUUGUUUUGUCAGCCUGUGCAGUUCAAACAAUCCAAGAUGAAAGUCACUAAAAUCACUUACAUGAAACAGUAAAUACUCCAGGGCAUUUGAAAUCUCUAUCUGUAGACAUGAAGCUUCACCAGACAGUUCAAAGGUCUGCUGAGGUAUCUGAUCUUCAUUUUGCUCCAUCUUUUGUCAUCCUCACUAAUUUGAUAAUGUAACUCGUAUGCAACACCAAUGCAUGCUAAUAUAAGCACGAGAAACAUGCAGAAUACUUGAUUCGGCAACCAGCAAAGGUUAGACAUAAAUUUACCAAUGAUGUUGGCGUGUCAUGCGUGCUCUCUCAUUGCUAAUCUACAAGGUUGAUGCAAAUGCUUGAAAAACGUCCUGGCAAUUAUUUGCAUGCAAACAAAUGUGCUAGGGUCAUUUCAAAAGCUGACUUCUGAUCAUCAUCUAUAGUCUCGUUCUCUUAAGCUGAGUUGGAUUUCGUGUCUUUGGUAUAAUGGUCAAUUUCGGCUGGAGUGUAGGAGUAGAUACUGUCGUUUCACUGGGAUAGAUAGCUGAUUGUGAAUUUCGUGCCACUUAUUGUACUUCAGAGGUAUCAGCAGCAUGGAAACCGAAUGUUCAAAACGGGUCUAUCAAGGGGUCAGAGUCAAGCACACAGUGAAAGAUCUGCUGGCAGAAAAGAGGUCGCGGCAGACGAAUGGGCCGCACUACACUGGUGUAUCAACUCCACAAAGUCCAUUUGUUCAAAUGACUGGGUCUCACAUGCUUCCGAGUUACUAUGGCAUGAGAAGACCUUUCAUCACAGAUGAGUUUUGCUCCUCAACAAAACCGUUUCCUUCUGAUGUCUACCCAUCAGCGCUGACAGGGAAAUCUCUCUCAUGCGACACUGGAUGCAUGUCCGGCUAUUCCUCGCUUAUAGAUAGCUACUACCCAGAGUCCUUCGGAGACUACCGGAGCUCACCUUUCUCCAGCGGAGGAAGUACAAUCUUCUCAUCCUCUGCAUUAUCCUCCCUGCUUCCUACGUACUCCGGUGACCCUUCACAUUAUUUGCUGAGGGAUUCUUGGGAGCCCACUGGGACAGAAGCAGUAGAUGGUCUAUGUGGAGAUGGUCUGACCCCUGUACCCUUGUCUGCAUCCGGGUCUCUGGUCAACCCCGAGACCACAAGUCCUACCCAGUUCCGCUCAUCCUCUCGGGGUUCUAGCAUGACAUCAUCGCAGACAUAUUCCCUUCAUUCUCUGGAUGAAAUCAAUUACCAUUCGUCUUUCCAGCCCACAUCUGGCAGUUUUGCAUCCGCAUCCUUUAUGACUGAGCCUGCAACCAAACUGCCAGCGUUACCAUCAGACGACAGUCCCGGCGCCCAUCCAGCCCUGAGCAACAGCCUUGGAUGGGCAAAAGAGGACACUGCUAGCACUUGGUCACAGUAUGAGGUCAGGAGGGCAUUCUGAUAAUGAACUAUAAGGAAAUAAGGGCUUAAAGCCAAGCAGAUCAACACCUCUUCAAUUCACAAGUAAGCACUAAAAACGCACUGUCAGAUUUACUUAGCAGGGCUAAGGCUUUAUAUACUGUAUGGGGGAACAAAUAAUACUGCAUUGUCUUUGUUUUAUUUGAAUAAUUUCUUGUCAUUUUAUGUUCAGUUUUAUAGGAAGAUAAUCACAAGUUCUAUUGUUCACAGCUAGAUAAGGGUGAUCAGUAUAUGAGUUUGUAUAUUGGGAUUUUUUUAUGACACAUAAGUGACUUUGAGUCUAUUUAAAUGUAUAUUUCUUGCAAAGAAUUUAAGUGUUAUGAUAUUUUAAGUUGCUGUGUAAUAUCUAUUCUUGUCCUCUUUAUUUUUCUUGUUUGUUUUUAAGAUGAGUUUUUCCAUUCAAAAGCAUGUUGUGAAAACUGUCUUAAAGGUAAAUAAAACUUCUAGCCAAAUGGGAUUUACAAGUCAAGUGGAUUUUCAUUUAUGCAAGUGCCUACCUGUCCCUAAUAUAAGCACAGAAAAAGAAAGUUUGCAAAUAUGUGGCUGUAUAUUUAAUUGGCAAGUGACAUACUUUAUUUGAAUACACAAUUCACACAACCAGACUGUAAGUUACACAUUUUAACCAGCAGGCGGCGACAUUCGUCCAUCCAGCAAGCCCACCUAAAACCCCAUGAAAUGAUGUAGAAUAUAAGAGAUAGCUUAACAUCAUGGACAAUUUAGAAAUCGAAUGACAUCGAAAAAUUGAGAAGAAAAUUGUAUUAUUGCUUUAAGAUUUCAAUAAGUCAUGAUUUUAAUACGAGAUUAGUUUUAGACAAAAUGUGAAAUGUCUAAUAUUCUUUCGAGAUGCCGUUUGAAUUAAGAGCAAAAAAGAUAUUUAAAUACAUAAUUUGUAAAAUACCAUAUUUUUAAUAAAAACAUCUUAAAUGUCGAUUAUCUUGCAAUUGUAAAAUUGCAUAAAUGUUAAAAUGCAUUUCUUAAAUUGACACAUUUAUGAGAUUUUCCAACUUUCUUUAAAAUGUAAAAACACCUGU